UAUACAAAAAAAACCAAAGCUUCAUUCUUCAGGUAAAAUGUAAAUCAUUUAAUUAAAAUGAUUUAAUAACUAAUUAAUUGCAAUAAUUUUUAAUAACAAAUGAAAAAAGUAUAAUUAAUAAUUAAUUUUUAAUUUCUUGAGUACUGAGUUACAAAAGUUUGAACAAUGAGCGAUUGUUAAUGACAAUUUAGGUUAUGGUUUUAAAGAAAAAUUGAAUGCUGAUUUGAAAAUAAUUUUUUUUGUUUGAUUUUAAUUAAUAAAUUUUUAAUUAUUAAAAAUGCGUGCGCGAGACGUAAUUGAACUGAGUGAUAAUGAAUCCGAGUUCAGUGGCAGUAUCGCUUUGUUCAAGAUCAGGGAUGACCAAUCAGACUCCUCAGUUUUUGGUGACAUAGAACGCGAUGAUACUUUUGCAGUACCAAGAUGCGUGUCGUUAGAAGUAAACUCAUCAAAAAAGGGAAAUAAUUUUAUGAAAAAUGUCAGUAGAAAUCCUGGUGUCCUUGCAGAAAUUCCAACGCGAGUUAAUGGCGUAGCAUCGAAUGCAAGUCAAGUUUCAAAGAAAACUAACUCCCGAAAUCCUUCAAAAAAUAUUAAAAUCCUCUUAGACAAGAUUAGUACUUCUAAUCAACAGGAAAAUUCUUUUUCAAAGGACCCUUAUACUUAUGAUAAAUUUAGCAGUUCAUCAAAGCUUCCAGAUAAAUAUCUUCCUUAUGUUUUACUUGAAAGAGUUUCAGUUCCUGAUAAAAACCUCAAGUCUCAAGAGCAACCCGAUCGCCAACAAUCUAAAGAUGAUCAUAAAAAUUACAAUGAUUCACAUCAAGAUCCUCAACUCAGAAAUCUUCCUUUUGUUUUGCUUCAAAGAAUCAGCGCGCCUAUAAAAAGAGUAAACAGAGCUGAUAAUAUUUUCGCUCGUAAAACUAGAAAAUCAUCAAAUCCAACAACUAACUCUAGAAAACAUGAACUGACUGCCAGUAUUCCUGAUAAAAAGCACAAAUGUGAUCACUGUAAUUACGCGACUAAUUUCGCAUGGAGUUUGAAACGACAUAUGAAGACACAUUUUGGUGGACCUCUUUUAAAAUGUACAGAUUGCAGCUUUGAAACUCUUUAUUCAGAUAAUCUCAAAAAACAUAAACGUCUUUUACAUGAUAGAAAAUCUCUCCCAGUUGUAAAUCUUCAUGAAAAACCUGCAAGUGUCGCUGGAAAAAAGCACAAAUGCAACAACUGUAAUUUUAGCACUGUCAGAGCAGGACUUUUGAACAAACAUAUGAAGAUACACUUUAGUAGACCUCUUUUAAAAUGUACUGAUUGCAGCUUUGAAACUCUACAUUUUUAUAGUCUCGAAAGACAUAAACGUCGUUUUCAUGAUAGAAAAUCUCUCCCAGUUGUAAAUCUUCAUAAAAAACCUGAAAGUGUCAUUAAAAAGAAACACAAAUGCGAUCAUUGUAAUUUCGAAACUAACAGCGCGAGAAGUCUGAACCGACAUAUGAAGGCUCAUCUCAGUGGACCUCUUUUAAAAUGUACACAUUGCAGCUUUGAAACUCUUUAUUCAGAUAAUCUCAAAAAACAUAAACGUCUUUUACAUGAUAGAAAAUCUCUCCCAGUUGUAAAUCUUCAUAAAAAACCUGCAAGUGUCGCUGGAAAAAAGCACAAAUGCAACAACUGUAAUUUUAGCACUGUCAGAGCAGGACUUUUGAACAAACAUAUGAAGACACACUUUAGUAGACCUCUUUUAAAAUGUACUGAUUGCAGCUUUGAAACUCUACAUUUUUAUAGUCUCGAAAGACAUAAACGUCGUUUUCAUGAUAGAAAAUCUCUCCCAGUUGUAAAUCUUCAUAAAAAACCUGAAAGUGUCAUUAAAAAGAAACACAAAUGCGAUCAUUGUAAUUUCGAAACUAACAGCGCGAGAAGUCUGAACCGACAUAUGAAGGCUCAUCUCAGUGGACCUCUUUUAAAAUGUACACAUUGCAACUUUGAAAGCCUACAUUCUGAUAAUCUCAAGAAUCAUAAACUUCUUCAUGUUAGCGAACCUAUUACUUGUCCGUAUUGCCCAUUCACAGCUCUUGGAAGACGUGCUCUCAAUCAUCACGUUCGUUCUCAUCCUGAAGCAAAUCAACUUGAGUGUGAUAUUUGUCAUUUGAAAUUUACUAGGUUCUAUAACUUGACGAUUCACAGGCUAAGUUAUCACGCGUCUUAUGUGUCGAGUGACUCGAAACUCACGUGCUCAUUUUGCCACGAAGUAUUUGCGGAUAAAUAUUCUUUGAUGAUCCACAGAAAGACUUAUAAAAGUGGCAAUGAUUUCAAAUGCAGUAAGUGUUCGUACACAACACGUUAUUCAAAAUCGUUUAAAAAUCAUUUCGCUAAACAUUUAAAUAGAUAAUUCAAAUAAUUAUGGAUUUUUAAAAGUCCAAGAACAGAAUUUCUGUCAGAUAAAUUUCAGAUAACGAGUGCAGACAUCAGACAAAUUUAAAAUUAUAAUUAAAUAGAAUAAAUAAUUUAAGAAAAUAAUAUUUAUAAAAAAUGUGCUGAUUAAUUUUU